AUGUCGUACUACCAGCAGCAGCAAGUCUACGGCGGUGCUCCGGCCGUGGCUGCCCCGUACGGACAGGCGACGGGGAGCGGCUACCAGGGCGUGGCUGGAUACAGCGGCCACGAGACGUACGGCCAGUCGUACGACAACUACGGACAGGCGCAGAACUCACAAGAGACAUACGACGCCUACCAGGCACAGGAUCCCGCCGCCCAGGCCUACCAGGAGCCAGCGGAGCAGCUUCCUGCCGCAGCGGGCCCCGAGAACGGGGAGCCGCGGAUGGCGGUGUGCGCGCCUGUGGCGCAGGUGCAGUCCGUGCUGGGCGACUACGACCGCGACGCCGCCGCGGCCAUCUUCGCGCGGCUCUCCAAGCUCCAGCAGCCCGAGGCCGACGCGCCGCAGGACUCCGGGGAGCUCGCCGCCGCGCACAAGCAGCUCCAGGACGAGGUCAGGGCGCUGCGUGCGCAGCAGGCGGAGGCGGACGCUGCGCGUGCAGAGGUGCAGUCGCUGCGCGCGCAGCUGCAGGCGGCGCAGAGCGGCGGGGACGCCGGGCAGGGGGCGGAUCUCGCGCAGCUGCAGGAGGAGCGGGCGCGGCUGCAGGAGCAGGUGGCGGACCUGCAGCAGCGGUUGGAGGUGUACGAGGGCGACAUGGGGCCAGCGUCGGCGAUCGACGGGGAGGGGGCGUACAGCCAGGGCGGGCAGGGGGACUACGCGGGGUACGAGCAGGGGGAGUACCAGGGGGAGUGGGGCGCGGGCGGGGAGGCGGACGAGUGGAACCUGUGA